ACAGUGACGCGACGUCACUGCCCGCGAGACCGUUACCCUCAAAAAAUGCUAUUUAUAUAAACUCAUCUUCCUCCUCUCUCGUCAGCCGUAUCAGAGGAACACCAGACAUGGAGAGCAGAGGAACAACAGCCCCGAUCAAUGGCUGUAAAGACGACAUUCUUCACAACAUUCUGGGCAGAUUACCUGCCUCGACCUUUGCAAAUGCCGCUUGUGUCAGCAAAACUUGGUAUAGAAUCUGCUCUCAAAUCCUCUCACGUCCCAUGCUAGCCUCAGCUCUUUCACUCAAUCCUUCUCUUCUCGGUGCAGUUGAAGAGGUUAUCGAGAAGGUUCUGAGCAAACCCAUUCGUCCACACUUUGCCAUAGCUUGCAUCAGUGAACAAUUCGGCUUGAGAGGGGCUCACCUUCUUCUGAGUCAAAGGCUAGGAACCAAGACUCCUCUAGUCACUCAUAUUGGGAGUGGAGUGAUGGGCAUGGAAGCUCUCACAAAUCAACUACGAGAAGUGAAAUGGGAUUACUUUGAUUACCAAGGCCCUCAUCCUCGCGAGGCUAAUGGAUUUAGCGACUUUAACCGAGGGAUUGUUUUGGUUGUUGGAUAUGUUCCUGGCCUCAAAGUGGAUGCAAUACCAUUGAUCCACCCAAAGAAUAAUCCUGUAAUCAACAUGGUUGAUGAAUUCGUGAGAAGUAUUAAGACCUACACAUGCUCUGUUUCUGGACAUCGUUCACCUGCUGCUGUCAUAAUAUUUGGAGACCGUAGGAGUGACAUGAACGACAUUGUGGCAACAAUGGAUCAUGCAAUGGGAAAGGAAACAGUGAUGGUCGGGGAUAGUGGAGGCUGCUUUCUGUUCACCAGUGGGAAUUACACAAUCAGUCUUCCUCCUGAUUUAUACGUGCUCGAUGCUGUUGCCCUCGUCUUCGCCAGAGACAAACACAAGUCUCCUGACGUAGGAGAGACUAGGUUUCAUGUAGCCAUGGCAGGAGGUUUAGUCCCGUUUGGGCCGAGGUUUGAGGUGAUCGACGUCAUAGUGAAAGGUGAUGUAAGAUGGACCUGCCUCUCCGCUCUCGUGGAAGGAUUCGAUAUGAUCUUGAAUUUCGAGGCCGUCAUAGAAACUCUCCUUGAAACGGUGAGUGAUAGGCGUCCUGAUUUGUACAUAGGAGUGUCACAUCGAAGAAGAUAUUACACCAGCAAUGGAAGACUGAUGAACCCAGACAGAAUAGCAGCAUGCACCUCCUUCCAUCAAGUUCUUGGGGGAGAGGGGGAGUACUUUGUGGUGGACGGAGUAGGGGUGAGACCUGGGGACAAAUUUCUGUUCUACCACAGAGACCUGGAAACUGCGAGGGCCACGAGUGAGGAUGUGUUUGAUAAUCUGAGGAGGAUGAAGCAGAGCUUAAUGGAGAGUGAAGAAGAAGCAGUGUUUGGAGGGUUAGUAUUUGUUUGUGCGUCUCGAGGUCAAUCUUACUUUGGAAGACCUCAUGUUGACAUCUACCCAUUUUGUGGCAACUUCCCACGCGUUCCGUUCGCCGGAAUAUUCUGCAAAGGAGAGAUUGGUCGCAUUUCUUCUUCUUCUUCUUCUUCCUCAAGCCUUGGGAGAGACCAAGAAUGGCAAGAGCAAGCCCCUCCUCAUUGCUCUGUUCAUGCCUCUAGUGCUGUGUAUUUGGCCAUGUCCUAUCUUCCACCUCCACACACACAACUCACACACAACACCACUCCUUUGAGGAAUAAUCCUGUAAUCAACAUGGUUGAUGAAUUCGUGAGAAGUAUUAAGACCUACACAUGCUCUGUUUCUGGACAUCGUUCACCUGCUGCUGUCAUAAUAUUUGGAGACCGUAGGAGUGACAUGAACGACAUUGUGGCAACAAUGGGUGAGUCAUCAUCACCUGCAUGUUUGGGGGAAUCUGAUCAUGCAAUGGGAAAGGAAACAGUGAUGGUCGGGGAUAGUGGAGGCUGCUUUCUGUUCACCAGUGGGAAUUACACAAUCAGUCUUCCUCCUGAUUUAUACGUGCUCGAUGCUGUUGCCCUCGUCUUCGCCAGAGACAAACACAAGUCUCCUGACGUAGGAGACACUAGGUUUCAUGUAGCCAUGGCAGGAGGUUUAGUCCCGUUUGGGCCGAGGUUUGAGGUGAUCGACGUCAUAGUGAAAGGUGAUGUAAGAUGGACCUGCCUCUCCGCUCUCGUGGAAGGAUUCGAUAUGAUCUUGAAUUUCGAGGCCGUCAUAGAAACUCUCCUUGAAACGGUGAGUGAUAGGCGUCCUGAUUUGUACAUAGGAGUGUCACAUCGAAGAAGAUAUUACACCAGCAAUGGAAGACUGAUGAACCCAGACAGAAUAGCAGCAUGCACCUCCUUCCAUCAAGUUCUUGGGGGAGAGGGGGAGUACUUUGUGGUGGACGGAGUAGGGGUGAGACCUGGGGACAAAUUUCUGUUCUACCACAGAGACCUGGAAACUGCGAGGGCCACGAGUGAGGAUGUGUUUGAUAAUCUGAGGAGGAUGAAGCAGAGCUUAAUGGAGAGUGAAGAAGAAGCAGUGUUUGGAGGGUUAGUAUUUGUUUGUGCGUCUCGAGGUCAAUCUUACUUUGGAAGACCUCAUGUUGACAUCUACCCAUUUUGUGGCAACUUCCCACGCGUUCCGUUCGCCGGAAUAUUCUGCAAAGGAGAGAUUGGUCGCAUUUCUUCUUCUUCUUCUUCUUCCUCAAGCCUUGGGAGAGACCAAGAAUGGCAAGAGCAAGCCCCUCCUCAUUGCUCUGUUCAUGCCUCUAGUGCUGUGUAUUUGGCCAUGUCCUAUCUUCCACCUCCACACACACAACUCACACACAACACCACUCCGUGAUACAAGUUAUCAGCUCGCAAUUGCAAUCUUUUAAUCUUGUACUGCCAUAUUCUUAGGCUUAAUUACUCUAUUUGUGCCAUUUAUUUGCAAGAAAAUACAAGACAAUGUUCCAUUAUUUAUUUUUCAAAUAGAUAUAGAUAUUACCUUGAAAAUUAACCAAAUUACAUAAUCUCUAACCAUGGCGUUUGCACAACUAGAAUGUGUGUGUGUGUGUGUGUGUGUGUGUGUGUGUGACGAAAAUGACAGUCAA